GUGCUUUCGCCCCGCCUACUCCAGGAAGUGCACACAAUGGAUGCCCGGGUGCAGGCGUUUGUGUCUUUGUGCUCGCUGAGCCACAAGGGACAGAGAUAUUUGUGUCAUGGCGGAGUCCGCGACCUGCGCUCCGGCGGCCUGGAGAUCACUGUAACGAACGGCAUUGAGGUCUGGAGAUCUGAAUUAUCCAAGGAGACCCUGGAGGAGUGGGAGACAUCUGGGAGUUUCGGGUCUCCGGAGGACAGCGCAGGAGCCCUGCGAAGGAUUUUUGAGCGGGUGACCCCGGUUCUGGAUGUGAACGGCAGCCUGGCCACCCUGAGCCUCUCGCUCCAUUCUGGAAACGUGACCCUGGAGCUUUUCAAGCUGUCCAUCUCCGAGACGCGCAUGCACCUCCAGACCCUGCUCUUUGAUUUGGCCGACCGGGUGCAGGAUCUUGAAAAGUGCCAGAGGGGAGGCAGCGAAUCGGCAGCACCCAGUCCCGUGAAAGCAGCUUCACUUAACAAUUUAAUGCCCAUUCCAGACAUUGAAGCUCGUAGACGAGGCCACGGGACCUCGAUCACAAAUAUUAAGAAGAGGCUGCCGGGAGAGUCGCUCGUCAACCCCGGGUGCAAAAGAAAAAAACCUGCGACGGGGGUAGAUUUUGAAGAAUCCUGACGAAAACAUCCAAAAACACGGCGCUGAUGUGAGUGAGCGCCCCUGGAGCGCCACCUCCUGAUGGGUCAAUCGUACUGCAGUCACCAAAGAAAAA